UCCGGGCAGCAGCGUGCGGCAGCCGGCGCCAUGCUGAACAACCUGGCCGACUGCGAGGACGGCGACGGCGGCGCCAGCCAAGGCGAUGGCAACCCCAAGGAGAGCAGCCCCUUCAUCAACAGCACAGACCUGGAGAAGGGCAAAGAGUACGAUGGCAAGAACAUGGCCCUCUUUGAGGAGGAGAUGGACACCAGCCCUAUGGUCUCGUCCCUGCUGAGUGGGCUGGCAAACUACACCAACCUGCCACAGGGCAGCCGGGAGCAUGAGGAGGCCGAGAACAAUGAUGGGGGCAAGAAGAAGCCGGUGCAGGCCCCGCGGAUGGGAACCUUCAUGGGUGUCUACCUGCCCUGCCUCCAGAACAUCUUUGGGGUCAUCCUCUUUCUGCGCCUCACCUGGGUGGUGGGCAUCGCUGGCAUCAUGGAGUCCUUCUGCAUGGUCUUCCUCUGCUGCUCCUGUACGAUGCUGACAGCCAUUUCCAUGAGUGCAAUUGCCACCAAUGGUGUGGUGCCAGCGGGUGGCUCCUACUACAUGAUCUCACGCUCCCUGGGACCUGAGUUUGGGGGAGCUGUGGGGCUCUGCUUCUACCUGGGCACCACCUUCGCUGGCGCCAUGUACAUCCUGGGCACCAUCGAAAUCCUGCUGGCAUACAUCUUCCCUGCCAUGGCCAUCUUCAAGGCAGAGGAUGCCAGUGGGGAGGCGGCCGCAAUGCUCAACAACAUGCGCGUGUACGGCACCUGCGUGCUGACCUGCAUGGCCACUGUCGUGUUUGUGGGAGUCAAGUAUGUCAACAAGUUUGCCCUGGUCUUCCUGGGCUGUGUCAUCCUCUCCAUACUUGCCAUCUAUGCUGGUGUCAUCAAGUCAGCUUUUGACCCGCCGAGCUUCCCGAUCUGCCUCCUGGGCAACAGGACCCUCUCACGCCACGGCUUUGACCUCUGCGCCAAGGUGGUGGUGGAGGGGAAUGAGACGGUGGGCUCCAAGCUCUGGGAACUGUUUUGCACCUCCCGCUUCCUCAAUGCCACCUGUGAUGAGUACUUCACCAUGAACAACGUGACUGAGAUCGAGGGCAUCCCCGGCGCCGCCAGCGGCCUCAUCCAAGAGAACCUCUGGAGCUCGUACCUGACCAAGGGUGUGAUUGUGGAGAAGCGGGGGCUGCCCUCCAUUAGCCCCCCUGACGCCCCACUGGACAUGGACCAGCCCUACGUCUUCAGUGACAUGACCUCCUACUUCACCCUCCUUGUUGGCAUCUACUUCCCCUCAGUCACAGGCAUCAUGGCUGGCUCCAACCGCUCCGGAGACCUGCGGGAUGCCCAGAAGUCCAUCCCCACUGGCACCAUCCUGGCCAUUGCCACCACCUCUGCUGUCUAUAUCAGCUCUGUCGUCCUUUUUGGGGCAUGCAUCGAGGGGGUUGUCCUGCGUGACAAGUUUGGUGAAGCUGUCAACGGGAACCUGGUGGUUGGCACCUUGGCGUGGCCAUCCCCGUGGGUCAUUGUCAUCGGCUCCUUCUUCUCCACCUGUGGGGCUGGACUGCAGAGCCUCACUGGAGCCCCGCGCCUCCUGCAAGCCAUCUCUAGGGAUGGGAUCGUGCCCUUCCUCAGGGUCUUCGGCCACGGCAAAGCGAAUGGGGAGCCAACAUGGGCCCUGCUGCUCACCGCCUGCAUCUGCGAGAUCGGGAUCCUGAUCGCAUCCCUGGAUGAGGUGGCUCCCAUCCUCUCCAUGUUUUUCCUCAUGUGCUACAUGUUUGUCAACCUGGCGUGUGCAGUGCAGACGCUGCUGCGGACCCCCAACUGGCGGCCACGCUUCCGCUACUACCAUUGGACCCUGUCCUUCCUGGGCAUGAGCCUCUGCCUGGCACUGAUGUUCAUCUGCUCCUGGUACUACGCACUGGUCGCCAUGCUGAUCGCUGGCCUCAUCUACAAGUACAUCGAGUACCGUGGGGCAGAGAAGGAGUGGGGUGACGGGAUCCGGGGGCUGUCCCUGAGCGCAGCCCGUUACGCCCUGCUGCGGCUGGAGGAGGGUCCCCCGCACACCAAGAACUGGAGGCCACAGCUGCUGGUCCUAGUCCGCGGGGAUCAGGAGCAGAAUGUGGUGCACCCGCAACUCCUGUCCUUCACGUCGCAGCUCAAGGCUGGCAAGGGCCUCACCAUCGUGGCCUCCGUGCUGGAGGGGACCUUCCUGGACAACCACCCACAGGCACAGAGGGCAGAGGAGUCCAUCCGGCGCCUGAUGGAAGCAGAGAAGGUGAAGGGCUUCUGCCAGGUGGUGAUCUCCUCCAACCUGCGGGACGGCAUGUCCCACCUCAUCCAGUCCAGUGGGCUAGGGGGGCUGCAGCACAACACGGUGCUGGUGGGCUGGCCCCGCAGCUGGCGCCAGAAGGAGGACCACCAGACCUGGAGGAACUUCAUUGAGCUGGUGCGAGAGACCACGGCCGGGCACCUGGCCUUGCUGGUGGCCAAGAAUGUCGCCAUGUUCCCGGGCAACCAGGAGCGGUUCUCGGAGGGCCACAUUGAUGUCUGGUGGAUCGUCCAUGAUGGGGGGAUGCUCAUGCUGCUGCCCUUCCUCCUGCGGCACCACAAGGUCUGGCGCAAGUGUAAGAUGCGCAUCUUCACCGUGGCACAGAUGGAUGACAACAGCAUCCAGAUGAAGAAGGACCUGACCACCUUCCUGUACCACCUGCGCAUCACUGCCGAGGUGGAGGUGGUGGAGAUGCAUGAGAGCGACAUCUCUGCCUACACCUAUGAGAAGACUCUUGUGAUGGAGCAGCGCUCCCAGAUCCUCAAGCAAAUGCACCUCACCAAGAAUGAGCGGGAGCGGGAGAUCCAGAGCAUCACAGACGAGUCCCGCGGCUCCAUCCGGCGCAAGAACCCGGCCAAUGCGCGCCUGCGCCUGGACGUCCCUGAGGAGCAGGCAGGUGAUGGUGAGGAGAAGCCUGAGGAGGAGGUCCAGCUCAUCCACGACAAAAAUGCCACCACCUUCUCCAGCAGCUCUCAGUCUCCUGGUGACGAGGUGGAGUCGGCCCCCGAGAAAGUUCAUCUCACCUGGACCAAGGAGAAGUCUGUUGCAGAGAAGAACAAGAGCAAGAGCCCUGUCAGCCCUGAGGGCAUCAAGGACUUCUUCAACAUGAAGCCGGAGUGGGAGAACCUGAACCAGUCCAAUGUGCGAAGGAUGCACACGGCUGUGAAGCUCAACGAGGUGAUCGUCAAGAAGUCCCAGGAUGCCAAGUUGGUCCUGCUGAACAUGCCGGGGCCUCCCCGCAACCGGAAAGGGGACGAGAACUACAUGGAGUUUCUGGAGGUGCUGACAGAGCACCUGGACCGAGUGCUUCUGGUGCGUGGUGGGGGCCGGGAGGUCAUCACCAUCUACUCCUGAAACACGGCGCACCAGAGAGGUUUGUCUGCACGCUGCGAGCCCCACCGCCCCUCUGCACCGCGUUCCUGGAGGGGAGGGACGGCCGGAUGGCAGCCGGAGUGCAGAAACUUCACCUGGGUUUGGCCGUGCUCCUGAUCUCUCCAUUCGAACUGCAG